AUGGGUCAUGAGCUGUUGAAAGAUUCAUUGUUUCACGCCCAACCAGAGGGUUUGAGCCGCCGCGCCUGCACGCCUCGUGCGCCUGCCGCCCAGGAGCCUCCAGGGAGGCACAGGUGCAGCUUCUGCGAUUACUCCAGUCCCUACAAGGCUCGCACUAGGGUCCACGAGAGAACACACACUGGGGAGAAGCCCUACGUGUGCCCAGUGUGCUCGAAAGGAUUUUCGCAAAAGUUCUCCCUGGACAGACAUCUGGUAGCGAUCCACAAGGGCCAGAGGAACUUCGCGUGCUCCGUCUGUGGGGGCGCGUUUUCCUCCAAGGACUCCCUAGACAGACAUUCCAAAGAGGUGCACGAGGACCAGAGGAACUUCUCGUGCUCCAUCUGUGGGUGGCCGUUCCACCGGAAGGACCAUCUAAGACGUCAUCAGAGGGCGCACCUUAAAUGA